GUAUAUGGCAGAUGGCUGCGCCGUGUGUAGAAGAUUAACAGUAACUUUCUGAUGAAUAAUUAUAUGUUAUGAUCUACGGUGAUAUCUGACAACGUUCUGCCGUUUCGCAAUGUCUGCAAAUUACUAUUUCGCUAUCGUUGGCCAUGCCGAUAAUCCGCUGUUCGAGAUAGAGUUUAACAAUGCUGGAAAAGACGCAAAAAAGGAGGAUCACUCGCAUUUGAAUCAAUUCAUCGCCCAUGCAGCACUCGAUCUUGUGGAUGAGCACACGUGGAAAACGACGAACAUGCAUCUGAAAGUUGUGGAUAAAUUUAACCAAUGGUUUGUUAGCGCGUUCGUAACGGCGACUCAUAUCAGAUUUGUCAUGGUGCACGACAGCAAGAAUGAAGACGGAAUCAAGAACUUUUUUAAUGAAAUGUACGAGACUUACAUAAAGUAUUCAAUGAAUCCAUUUUAUAAGCUAAACACUCCUAUCAAAUCUGUGGGGUUUGAGAAAAAGGCACAGCUAUACGGUAGAAAAUAUUUAUCUUCAUGAACGUAAUGAUUGCUUAGUAAAAGUAUCUCAACUUGUUCUCUUUAACUUUAUUCAAGAUUUUUAUGCUAUAAAAUAUGCUAUUGAUAGGCGUUGGAAAUAAAUUGUUUUCCAGUAUUAAAUAAUAUCAUUUAAAAAAAGUUGUAACUGUUCACAUUUUGAUUUGUACAAUAUAUAUAUGUAUAUAAGUUAAUUGCACUUAAGUUUAUGUAAAAAUUUGUUUAUUAUAUAAAAGACAAAAUUUAUCUUAUAUAGAUGUAUAUGUUGUCUUUUAUAUAUUGUAUAAUGCGUGAAACUCGUCC